AUGGGGAAGAUCACCUUCUACGAGGACCGGGGCUUCCAGGGCCGCCACUAUGAGUGCAGCGGCGACCACCCCAACCUGCAGCCUUACCUGGGCCGCUGCAACUCCAUCCGCGUGGACAGCGGCUGCUGGAUGAUCUACGACCAGCCCAACUACCUGGGCCCCCAGUACUUCCUGCGGCGCGGCGACUACCCCGACUACCAGCAGUGGAUGGGCCUCAGCGACUCGGUCCGCUCCUGCCGCCUCAUCCCCCACACCAGUUCCCACAGGCUGAGGAUCUACGAGCGAGAGGACUAUCGAGGCCAGAUGGUGGAGAUCACAGAGGACUGCUCCUCGCUCCGUGAGCGCUUCCACUUCAGUGAGAUCCACUCCUUCAAUGUGCUGGAGGGCUGGUGGGUCCUCUAUGAGAUGCCCAACUACCGGGGGCGGCAGUACCUGCUGCGGCCGGGGGAUUACAGGCACUACCACGAAUGGGGGGCUGUGGAUGCCCGAGUGGGCUCCUUGAGGAGGGCUGUGGAUUUCUAUUGA